UAGGGUUAGACAGCUCAUGGCCUAAACAGGUUCAAAGAACUUGCAGCGAAACCCCCUCUUAAAUUUCUCUCUUGUAUUCUUCUUCGACUUCUUGUACCCACCGGCCAGAGCUGUUUGUUCAAAGAAACUUCAAAAAGAUUUGCUUACAGCUACUUAGAGAAUAUAUAUGUAUCAUCUAUUCUCUGUUGGAAGUUUGUGUAUUUCUUUUCAAUUUGAGAGAGAGAUAAUUUUAUGUUGAACAAAACGAUAAGCAUGUCAAGUUCCUGCCAAAAAUCGUCAAAUUUUGCUCAGACUUGCAAUCUUUUAAGCCAGUACUUGAAGGAGAAUGGAAGCCUUGGAGAUUUCAGCUGCGGAUUCGCUUCAAAACCUGCUGCCACAACCAUGAACUUGUUGCCAAGCCUGGAAAACGCUGGAGCUUCGUCUUUUCCAAGUGUGAAGCCUGCAGAUUUCUUCAGCAACAAGGCUGAAACAACCAUGGAGAUUGGAGCUGCUGGAUCUCAAAUGACAAUAUUUUACGCCGGAAAAGUUCAUGUGUUCAAUGAUUUUUCAGCCGAGAAGGCGAACGAAAUUAUGGCCUUAGCCAGUAAAUCCGGAAGCUCUAUUAACACUUCCAGUAGGGCUUUUACUCCCGAUUUGAACAUCGCCUCCAAUGCUUCUGGAAGCGACGGUAUCUCCUCCCAGGAACGCCUAAUUCAGCAGCUUAAACCUCCUGCAGCGCCUAUCACUUCCGAUUUCCCAAUAAAAAGAAGGGCCUCCCUCCACAGAUUCUUAGAGAAAAGGAAAGACAGGGCUGUGGCGAGAGCACCGUAUCAAAUAAAUGGCCCGUCUCUGGCUCCUGCUAAACCAGAAGAAAGCGGCGAGAAGACGUGGCAGCUGGAACUCGAAGCUCAAUCGUCCAAACAGCUUGACCUCAAAUUAUAGAAUAUUAUUAGAAAAAUUAAUCACAACUAAUUCAUGUUAAUUUUUGUAAUAUCUGUAUUAUAAAGUUAAUUAUUUAAUGUUUUGUAAUUAAUUUUUUUAUGAUUGAAAUUUACUUUUCUAUAUGAUCAUUAUGAACGUUGAGUUAUUAUGUAAUUUGAUAAUUUUGAAUUAAAAAUAAAAUAUCACUCAA